AUGAGUAUUGUAAUGGAUGAGGGCAGCUUGGAGGUCCCCAAUGAGGGGUCACUAUUGAGCACCAAGGCCCCUAAAGUCAGUGGGGUCAGAGUUCAGUUGGAGAUGCAUGCGCUUUGGCAGCAGUUUGACCAGCUGGGCACGGAGAUGAUUGUUACCAAAGCUGGAAGAAGGAUGUUUCCAACAUUCCAGGUGCAAAUCUCUGGGAUGGACCCGACUGCUGAAUAUGUCUUGCUUAUGGAUUUCAUCCCUGUUGAUGAUAAACGAUACAGAUAUGCAUUCCAUAGUUCAUCCUGGUUGGUGGCAGGGCGAGCAGACGUUGCAGCUCCAAGCAGGAUGCAUUUCCACCCGGACUCACCUGCCCGUGGGGCCCAGUGGAUGAAGCAGACGGUGUCCUUUGAUACUCUCAAACUCACCAACAACUUGUUGGAUGACAAUGGACACAUGAUAUUAAACUCCAUGCAUCGUUACCAGCCACGCUUCCAUGUGGUGUAUGUGGAUCCGGCACCCAACAGCCACUUAAAUGCUUACAGAAACUUCAGCUCUUUCUUCUUCCCAGAGACACGCUUCAUGGCCGUCACCGCCUAUCAGAACCACCGGAUUACCCAGCUAAAGAUUGCAAGCAACCCGUUUGCUAAAGGCUUUAGGACGACAGACCUUCAGGAUUGGGUGGGAAAUUCCGGACCCCCGUCAGUAUGGUGUCCACCAGAGGACAGAACGGAGCCCCUUACCACUAAACCUGGAGAGCAGAGAAGCUGGGGCUCGAAAUCAAUCAGACAGGAGGAAACAGCUUUGUUUCUGGUGGAGCAGAAUGGACCCUUCCACCCCUGUAAAGAGUCUGCAGAACUCACCGUGGAGCGGAGAGACGGGGACAUUUUAUUAGCAGCUGCUUCCUUCUUCCCUCUCACUUCCUACCGAGACUGUGCAGGAUCAUCUGAAGACAGAGACAAUCUGCCCUAUAGCGAAAAAUAAGCAAAGUGACUGAGCAUUGACUUAAAUGUUACCUUAUUUAAUAUCGUACAGCUUGUGUGUUUAUAGCAAAAGUUUAUGAUUCCCUUUAAAAAUAGAUUUUUAAGAAUCUUGCAGUCUAACAUCAAGGGCAUAAUGUCUAUGACAACAUGACAGAUGUACUGCAGUGACGCCGUACGCUAUAUAUAAUAUCCAAUACAUAAUAUCCAAUUAGAGCACUACCGAGUCACAGUGGUACAUAAAGAACAUAAAACAUACAGUAGUAUUAGUCCCUACAGGCUCAAUUGUAAUUUGUCAUUUGUGAAACAGAAAUGUA